GUAUCGGGGGCUGACGCUGGUGCUGACCUUCCUCUGCUACACCAGCUACCACCUCUCCCGAAAACCCAUCAGCAUCGUCAAGAGCCAGCUGCACCCCAACUGCUCAGCCUUGGGCCCGAAUCCCCACAAUGACUCCAACAGCAGCACGUGGUGCAGCUGGGCGCCCUUUGGUAAGGCUGAGCACCCCUGGUCACCCCAAAACCCUCACGGCGGUGGCAUUUUCGGGGAGCGCCUUCCCCUGCGCUACUACCUGUCAGGGGGGAUGGUGCUGAGUGGGCUCUUCACCGCGCUCUUUGGCCUCGGCUACUUCUGGGACAUCCAUGUCCUCUGGUACUUCAUCGUUGUGCAGGUCUGCAACGGGCUGGUGCAGACGACAGGCUGGCCUUCGGUCGUGGCGUGCGUCGGCAACUGGUUCGGGAAGGGAAAGAGAGGCUUAAUCAUGGGCAUCUGGAACUCACACACCUCCGUCGGCAACAUCUUAGGGUCGCUCAUCGCCGGCGUCUGGGUUUCCUCCGCCUGGGGCCUGUCCUUCGUCGUGCCCGGCAUCAUCAUCGCUGCCACGGGCAUCAUCUGCUUCUUCUUCCUUGUGGAAUAUCCCGAGGACGUUGGGUGCAGUCCGCCCCUGCAUCACGAGGACGCUGGAGGGGUGACCUCCAAUGAGAAGGAUCCUGAAGCUGUCACCUCCAACGAGGGGCCGCUGAGCAUCUCAGGCCAGAGUGGCGCGGAUCGCUCUGACAGCCCCAAGGGACCGGCUGAGGACCCCGAAGCUAUCAGCUUCCUCGGGGCGCUCCGGAUACCUGGGGUGGUGGAGUUCUCCCUUUGCCUGCUCUUUGCUAAGCUGGUGAGCUACACCUUCCUCUACUGGCUGCCCCUUUACAUCGUGAAUGUGGCUCAUUUUGGUGCCAAAGAAGCUGGGGACCUGUCAACCCUCUUUGACGUCGGGGGCAUUUUAGGCGGGAUCUUUGCCGGCCUCAUCUCUGACUACACCGGUGGCAGGGCCACCACGUGCUGCGUGAUGCUGGUCAUCGCUGCUCCCAUGUUGUUCCUGUAUAACCACGUUGGCCAGAAUGGCAUCGGCACAUCGAUAGCGAUGCUGAUUGUCUGCGGUGCUCUGGUUAACGGGCCCUACGCUCUCAUCACGACAGCGGUUUCGGCAGAUUUGGGAACCCACGAGUCUCUCAAAGGAAACGCCAAAGCCCUUUCUACCGUCACAGCCAUCAUCGACGGCACAGGAUCCAUAGGUGCCGCGCUAGGGCCACUGCUUGCAGGGCUCAUCUCCCCCACGGGCUGGAAUAACGUCUUCUACAUGUUGAUAGCAGCUGAUGUCUUGGCUUGCCUGCUCCUCGCUCGCGUGGUGGUCAAAGAGGUCCGCGGGUGGUGUGGCUGUAUGGCGAGGAAGAGAGGCUCUAGCGUGCAGCUAACAGAGUCAGUGCUGGACGGGAAGUAG